AUGAGGCCAAAUCAGAAUAGUAAAACCAAACGCAUGCUUAUUAGUUUUAAGAGGAAAGAACGUGGGUGGGGCUCACCAACUUUAACAGCAGAAAAGGUCGACCUUGGACUUAUCUCUCCAGUCUCAGCUCUCAACUAUUUAUCCAAAACAUAUGCUAGCAAGAAUCUAGCUAAAGAUGAAUCAACAGAGAAGUAUAUGAUUUUUGCAUUAUAG